AUGGCGACCCUAUUUUCGCUACUCGCCCUGGCCUUCCUCUUGGUCCUCCCCGUCUACAUCAUCUACAAACCGCCUGGCUUCGUCAUCAACCAUUUCGCGCGGAAAUGGCCCGAUGUUCUGUGGCAGGUCUCGACGAACGAGAAGAUUAUCGGCCUCACUAUCGAUGACGCGCCAUCGCAGCAUACCCCCGAGAUCCUCAAGAUCCUGAAGGAGAACGAUGCCCACGCGACAUUCUUCCUAAUCGGCUCGCAGAUGAACGGCAAUGAGGAGACUAUGAGCGAAAUCAUCAGGGCUGGCAGUGAACUGGGCAACCAUGCCAUGCACGACGAGGCGUCGCGUUCGCUCCCCGACGGCCAGCUGGAGGCGGAGAUACUGGAAGUCAGGAGGAAGAUCAAGAAUCUAUACGACUAUGAGGAUGCCCCCAUGCCGGCCAACUACUUUCGGCCGGGCUCGGGCUUCUUCAGUGACAGAAUGCGACGACUAGUCGACAAGCUGGGGUACAGGAUGGUUUUGGGCAGCGUUUACCCGCAUGACGCACAGAUCAGUAACUGGAAGCUCAAUGCCAACCACAUCUUGAGUAUGGCGAGGCCGGGCGCUAUCAUCAUCUGCCACGAUAGGAGGAGCUGGACUAUCCCGAUGCUGCGAAAAGUUCUUCCAGAACUCAAAAGACGAGGCUUUAGGAUUAUGAACCUGACUGAGUUACUGAAGGAGGUUGACACGGACAGAUGA